AUGUUAAGAAGCUUUUACCCGAGGUCCAGCUACUGGUUAUCGGUAAGAUUAAGAUCAAGGGGGCAAGGGAAAACACUAGCCACUUUUGCAAGUUUCGUUCCAGGCUGCGUUGUAGCAAAAUGGCGGAAUAGGCGGGAGCUUAAUGAUAAUGCUGCUACACAUAACUGGGGCGAAAGUCGGAAAGGAACACCUUUGCCUCUUUUCAAUAGACCGUUUGCGCAUUCCUCGGUGAUCACUAGGGAUGUUUGA